AUGGCAUCGGGCAGUGCUCACGAUCUUAUAUGCUUCUUUUGUGGUGUUGCCUUCAACAUCGCUCGGGUGCGAAAAGUCGAAGAGCCAGUGUACGCGUCAUGGGGUUCCGACAUGACAUGGACAAGGAACCUGGAGAAAUUCCCCGUCAACCUGAGCAACUGUGUUGGAAAUCUCUGUUCCAUAGGCGUAUACGAAACCCCAGGGAAAAGAAAGGCUGACGGGGAUCCAUUAUUGACUUUGGACGUACUUCCCGGUGACUACACUGCUGGUAGAUCCGGUCCGCCCGAACACAGGGAAGUCUUAGUGGUAAAUGAAGACACUGUGGUUCAGAUGAAUGGGACCUGGCCAGGGCUCGUCGAAAACAUUGAACACCUCCCCGGUCCCUUUUGUUUCGCAGAGAACGCAUACAAUGGCGGCCAAAUCCAACUGCGGGAAAUGAAUGGCUGCCGAACUGCCCAGUUUCUCAUACCCUCGGAUCCCACUAUGCCGCCUAAAAAAGAUGGACUUGAAGAGGACUGGGAGUAUACAAGUGGCUAUUUUCGUUCCGGACUCUGUAACGGAUUGUGCAUGGAUACUAUGUCCCAAGUUCAAGUGUAUCCACCGAGGGGAGGUGUCAAGUACAUAAAUGCCUCAGAGGUUAUUCCUGAGGGACCCAUGAAUGCACAUGACCCUCACGGAUCCACUCGUUUCUCCCUCUUCGGGCGUUCACCGAAGCGUCAAAACAUGUCACUGCCAUUCCAUCCAUGGUGCUUUGAAAUCUUCUCCCGCUGCUCAAAAUUGCAUCUUGGCCGCGUCGCCGUAGAUGGGCUCAAAGAAUACUGUAAGGUAAAGGGGGGCUUCACCGUUUACUGCAAUCUUGAGAACAAAGACAAUCCCUGGAGCCAUCCACCUCGCUGGAAACAUAUCCGUGGCCAGGAGUACAUGGCCGCAAACCCACUUGAUAUUCCCGGGUUGGAGAGUCUUCUAUCGUGGACACUCGCGGAAAGAAGUGAAAAUUCAGUUUCCGAGGAAUCGAAAGACCCCAACCCCCCUAAAGAAAGCGUUGACAAAGAUAAAGCAGCCAUGAUCAAAGAUACUCCCAAUUCAUUGCCUACAUCAGCAAAAGGAAACACUUGUGCAACGCUGUCGCAGGUCAUGAUGCUUGGCACUCUUGAUCUACUUGACAUGAAAGAUAUUAAAAGCCUCAGACUAGUCUCGAGAGGCUUGCAACACCUCCCAGACACGAUUUGGUGUCGCAUGUUGCGGGAAGAUAUGCCAUGGUUAUUCGAGGCAUGGAAUGCAUGGGGUUUUCCCGGACACAUACCCUCACGGUGGGCAUUUACCGCACCAACCGAGAUGCGAGGUGUAAUGGAUUACCUCCGGAUAUAUAAGCCCCUUGAAUACCCUGACAUCCUGAUCGGCUUACGGCGCGAAAAAAAAAUCGAUGAUCAGUUUAUUGAGUCCAAGCGGUUUGGGUUCUGGCUUUCGAUGACUAUUAAAGAUUACAACCUGCCCAAGGAGUUGGAGAAAACUAAUUGGUAUGCUGUAUACACUGGUAUCAAGCGUGAUUGGCGCUCCCUCAAAGGACUUCAAAACCGCAAACGCAUCUGGGGUCAUGUUAACCGGAUGGUUGAAGACAUGAAGAAAAUUGUAGAGAAUCCGCCUUAA